UAAAGACUAUCUGAAGAUGAAGAUUUCUGGGGUUGUGAAAAACAUUAAUCAGUCAGUGGUCUACAUAGCAAUUUCUAUUUUAGUGACUGCCAUUGCUGUACUGAUACUUUUGAUAUUAUGGUUUUGCUGGAAUCCACUAGAAAAUAAUAAAAAUGCUGCAAAGAUGAGAAGAGUCCUGCACAAAAAACAUAAAUGGACACAAUAUCCUUCUGGCAAUAAAGAUAAUGAAAAUGUUCAACAGUACAAACACCACAAAGAGACACAGUGUCCUCUUAACGAAGACAGUGAUAAUGCUGAUCUGCACAAACACCAUAAAGAGACACAGAGUCCGUCUGACAAUGAAGACAGUAAUAAUGCUGAUCUGCCCAAGUACCAUAAAGGGACACAGUGUCCUUCUGGCAAUGAAGACAGUAAUAAUGCUGAUCUGAAGAAUGAGAUGAUUAUGAUUUCUAUACCUCCAGACAAUGUUAAAACUCCAAAAAACGAUAAACUAAUCUUAACACUUUUACCAAAAGGAUCCCAGGAAAAAUUAUGUGAGCUCCAAUAUGUAAAAGAAGAAAAACAACCAGAAUGGGAAGCCCAGUCACAACUUCCUUCACUUCCUCAGAUCAAAAGCCCAACACAUGUAAUAUCAGGUUGCAUUUUAAAUGAGACCUUUGCUAAUACAAUACAGGAACAAAUGUCAGAAGAUGAAGCAAAUGUUACAUUAGAUGAAGAGAAAGCUCUUACAGGAUCAAAACACAAGGAACAUAGGUUUUUCAAAAAACUCUUCAGAAGAUCCAAACAAUAAAGCAAAUCAAACUCAGACUUAUAGUGUGUUUUCUGCAAAGAAGAUAUCCUAGUCCUGUCCUUACAUCUCCUGAGAUUAAAAACAGCCCCAACACACACAAUAUCAGACUCCAUUUUAAUUAAAGAUUUUUCAUCUCUAUAUGCAUUUAAUAGAAAAGCAAAGCAAGACUCUGAGGAUAAAAGAAACUGGAGUUAAAAACUCUCCAGAACAAGAGCGGUCUGUUGAAAUAAAUCUAAUGAAAUUUUCUUUUUCUUUUCUUAUUGGUUAAUUCAUAUUUUGAUUGCCGUUUGUGCAGAAGGUCAUCAAUUUAAGAUAUGGUUAGUUCUGAAUAUAUGUGA